GCGAGCACGGCGGCUCCGCCCCCUGCGUCUCUGGCCUCGCCGGCCUCGGGGGGGAGGGAUGGUUCCAUCAUGGCGUCAAUGCAGAAACGACUGCAGAAAGAACUGUUGGCUUUGCAAAAUGACCCACCUCCUGGGAUGACUUUAAAUGAAAAGAGUGUUCAAAAUUCAAUUACACAGUGGAUUGUAGACAUGGAAGGUGCACCAGGUACCUUAUAUGAAGGGGAAAAAUUUCAACUUCUAUUUAAGUUUAGUAGUCGAUAUCCUUUUGACUCUCCUCAGGUCAUGUUUACUGGUGAAAAUAUUCCCGUUCAUCCUCAUGUUUAUAGCAAUGGUCAUAUCUGUUUAUCCAUUCUAACAGAAGACUGGUCCCCAGCGCUCUCAGUCCAAUCAGUUUGUCUUAGCAUUAUUAGCAUGCUUUCCAGCUGCAAAGAAAAGAGACGACCACCAGAUAAUUCUUUUUAUGUUCGAACAUGUAACAAGAAUCCAAAGAAAACAAAAUGGUGGUAUCAUGAUGAUACUUGUUGAUGCCACUAUUAUCAUCCUCCUAGCAGAAGAUAGUCCUACUGAGAAAAUGAGCACUUUGAUCAUUCAGUCUUUGAACUUUAACCUUUGACUGGAAGUGACCUAUAGGCAAUGAAGACUACUUCCUUUUACUGCAUUUUUACUCGUGUGCAUUCUGGGCGCAUGUUGAUCGCUGGUUCAGUCCAGGCAGCUGACAUGCUUUUAUUAGUCAUACAGUAUUAAUGCAGGUGUCAGGAAAUGUCAAAUAUAAUUCCAUUUUUUAUUUUUAUUUUUUUAAGCUUUUGGAAAAGUUCCAGGUCCUCAUGUAUUGUGCAAUAACAAUGACUUCCUUGACGGUUUUGGGACGUUCAUUGCCGGCAAUGGACGUCAUAACAGGAAAAAUUUUCAUUAACUCCUGCCACCCAGUGAUUAAUGCAUGACGGGGCCUGGGACAUUAACGUAACGGUUCUCGUGGGAUUAUAAAUAAAGUGAGGGAUCCAAUAUUACUUUGAAAGUCACCCCAACUUGCUUCUAUUUGGAUUCUAUGCACUGUGAUCCUAAGGUUAACAGCAUGAAUUAACAUGCAUCUUCAAAGGACUGUAAUGAAAGAUCAUUGCGUAUUUAUUGAAUUGUUUAUAUCUACUGUCAAGUUGUUUUGACAUGGAAGGUUUUCAAGUAACAUUGGCAGAGAGGUACAAUAUGUUAUCCCUAUGGUGAAAAUAAAUUCAUUUGUUGUAUAUAGUUCCUUUAAUCUUUGAAGUAAAGGUAUGAGUAAUAAUAGGGUAUGAAUGGUUUAAUCAAGGCUUUAUUUUGGAAGAAAAAUGGCAGUGAUGAUUAAAUUACUGCAGUCCAUAAUUUGGGCUUGUUUGUACAUUAAUGAUUUUUCCAAGUAGAGUACACUCUGUUACUUCCUGCUAGCCAUCAGCAUGAGCCCUACUGCCUAAACACUAUUUCAUUUAUUUGUUUCGAAAACCCAAAAACAUUUUUUGUUUGCCAUUUUGUUUCUUUUGUUAUGUUUUAAGUCAAGUUUGAAUGUUACAAUACUUUAAUUGAAAAACUUUUGUCAAUUUUUUUCUUGUAAAUUUUCUUUACUUGUAACUAUCAUCUUGUCCUUCAAUCCUGUACCCUAAAAUAAGAAAUACAUUUUUGACAGAGGCUUAAUGUUUUAUCAAAGAGUGUGGACAUUUUUAUUUUAAAAUUUAGGCAGAAGUACACUAUAGAAUGGUAUGUUUACUUAUUUUAUUUAUCUCACACAACCAUACAGUUAUUCCUGGAGAGAUUUCUUUUUUGUUUUCUUAUUUAAAAGACUUUGCUUACAGUCUUUGCUUUACAGUCACAUUUUUUCUAUAGGAAAAAAAUUGUUGAAAGGUCCAAUUCUCAGUACCGUGUAAGUUAAUGAUACUGCAGCUAGGCUCUCUUUUUUAAAAGUGAUUAAUGUAUUUUAUAAAUUACCUUUUCACAUAUGCAAAAUCUGUUUCUACUACAAUGUUAUUUUUACUAAUGCAUAUUGUUGCACUCUUUUGACAUAUCCUGCAGUGAAUUUAUGAAUCAAUUUGGGCUUAAAAAUAAAAGCCAAUUGGCUGAAAGGUUUGAAAUAUGUACCCCAGCAAAACUGUCCAAUCAAUAAUUGGCAAGUAAUAUUUUAAAAUUUGUUUUUAAUCUCUGUAUAGACAACAUUUUGUAGCUUUGUACAUGUUGUUAAUUAUGGGCAUAUAAUUUUACACUCUAAAGUAUAAUUGCUGAACUCAGGGGUGGGUAGACUUCAAAAAUACGUCUGCUUUAGAAAUAACUUGAAAAAAAAAAUUAAAACUAUAGCCAGCCACCAAAUUGUGGACACUGUUUAUACUGCUAGUUAGCAACUACCACUUUUUAAAAUUAAAAACAUUUUUUUCUCUCUUGACUAGGCAUAAAUAAGUUCCCACAGUAGUCUUUAUCUGUCUUAACUAGAUGGCCUAUUUAACCAAGACAGAAAAUGUUUUUGGAGAUGCUUUGAAUUACUCUUAGUUUUUAACGGCUUUUUAAUAUGAAAAUCGCAGCUGUAAAUUAUGUAUUUUUCAUAUUUUACAUAACUGCUCUAAACUGAUUAACCUGAUCUUUUUCGGGGGUGAGGGUGGGGGAAAUUCUCUUCGUUCUGCUGGUUCUCUUACUAAAAUCCUUUUAUUUAAAAAAAUGACCUGUGACAUUUAUUUUCCGAAAGAAUUGAUAUACCAGGUCAAAGAUUAACAAUGCUAUAUUAUAGAUAUAACCUCAGUUGAGUUUUUAAAAUACGAAUAACAGUAUUUUAACAUACCUCUCUCUCUACAUGGAGACACCAUAACAAUUAAAAUGAAGCAGAGGAAAGUAAAGGAAAACCAAAUAAUUUCAGUACAUUUUAUGGUUUAAAGAGAAGAAAUGAAGAUGAAAUAUCCUAAAAUAUAGAAACACCGACCAUUCAAAAUUUACAAUCAGAUAACACUUUAUUUCUCCCUUGAACUUAGGAAUCAUUGACAAGUCCUUUGCACUUAGAUUUAACGAGUUAAUUUUAAAUGUAAGUUACAUUAUUGGAAGACAUAAGAUGUUUACCUGAGUCAUUGCUCUGGAAAGGGCAGUUAAUGGCUUUGUAAUAAUUAAAUGACUAUUUCUCUGUGAUACGUUGUUGAAAGACAACCACAAUGCCAAGAAAAUGUACAUAGGAACCUGCUCCUUCCCUCUUCCCUGCUUCGCUCUGGGGCACUGCCUGCUGUGGAGGCCUAAGAACCCUCUCACAUUCAGACAGUGUGCACUUCCUUCUUGUUUGUUUGUUUAUUUAUUUAUUUAUUUUAAGGCCAUUCUUCUGGUUUGCCAAAUUCUGUUAAGACAGUGAUGCAUUCAAUUCCUUAUUUUGCAUGCUUAGAUCAGGAACUUGGCCCUUUCAAAAAAAGAGGAAAAUACUAUUAUGUCAAGUAGGUAUUUGCCGUAGACUUUAAAGAGAGAAAUGGUUUUCAGUUUUUUUAAGAUAAACUUUUUAAAAGUAAAUUUUGUGGAUGUUCUCUUAAGGAAUUUGAUAUUCACCUCUAAAGGACUUUACUUGUAAUGUGUAAAUUCUUCCUUUUAGCUAGCAGGGAAAUAAAAAUUUUUUUUAAUCCCCAGGGGCAAAUGCUAAAAACAGCUUUUCUAAACAGUUCACCUGGAGAAAGAUCUUAAUCCUUAUUGACUAGGUAUACCCAUAUUUGGUAUAAAAUAACUAGAAUAGUUUAUUACUUUUUCCCUUCUGAUAUUUUAAAUAUAUGCAAUAUAAUGUAUCAUUAGAUUCCUGUGGUGGAUAAUUUUUUCAGAUUCUAAAACAGGUAUCUAGUGGCUGCUUGAUCAUCCCCAGAUUACAUCAAAGAUGAAUUGACAGAUAAUGGAAAUGAGUAGUGAUGUGAAAAUGGUAUGUAACCACAUAUGACUUGUUUCUGCUAAUCAAGUCUUAUUUUUUAAAAAGCCUAUUGUUUUUGAGAAUUGAGAUAUUUAAGCCUUGUUAAAGCUUCUCCCUAAAAAUAGAUGAGAAGAGGAGGUACUGUGUGUUAACUUUUUUUAAAUAAAGAAUUCAGUGUCACUAGUUCUAAGGCUUUAUAUUCCUGCUUGUAUUUCUCGGUCUCACUUUUAUUUAGUUUUUUGUGCAUAUUUUAGCUGAAUGCUUUAGAUUUGUAAUUGUGCGAGUUGAUUUUUAUAAAGAACUCAGUCUUAACCAUACGUUUCUCUUCUAAGGUUUCCUUGGUACCAGAAUCAGCUGCUCUGGUAUUCUGUGUUGGGCAUGAGUCAGAUCUGUGAAGAGGGUGUCUUUCAUCUGCACCAACUGGCCCUAGUCCUCUUUGCAGUCGGUUGUUUUUUGUUUUCUUUUUUAUUCCUCUUUUUCCUCACUGUGUCCUCACAGAUGUGUGUGUAGUGUUUUGUUCUUCAGCAGUUUCUGACUUCCAAGUUUUUCGCCCUCCCUCCUUCCUUCCUCCUUUACUUCCCUUUUCCUUUCCGUUAAAUUACUUGUUUUGCUAAAAGUAUAUUUCUGUUUAAGUUUCUAAGUCACUUUGAGAUUUGGACUCUUUUUAAACAAUAAUUUGUAGGAGACUUUUGCUUUCUCAGCAUAAACUGUGCGUUUAUCAUUACCAUUAGAGGCCCACAGAAUUUAAACACAUCCUUCAAACUAAAUCUGUCCCCUGAAGUUGGAAGUUCUGGUUCUAUGGUACUGACUGUGAUUUUAAUUCUAAAAUGUUAGUAUUGGAAUAUAUAUUUGGGGGUGAAUCUCCAGAAUGUUUACAAGAAUAUGUUUUUUAUGAAAGGUACUUGGUUGGUUAAAAAAAAGAAAAAAGUAACACCUGCAGUCAUUUUGAAUGUGUGCAGGGAAUGCCAGACUAGAAGCUGGCCUGACACACCUAAAGAACUCCAGCUUUGUGAGCGCAGUGCAGUUAGUGGGGAAAGGACAGUUCUCGGUCUGAUUCUUGGCACAUACACUGGCAGGUUUUGAGGAAACUGUUCCUACAUUCCUUCUAAGCUCAAAGGCAGAAGCAUGGGCUUUAGCUUGUUCAACACGACAUCACUUGUCACAUUUCCUGGUGUAUGGAAAGAGUAAAUAAUCCUGCCUCGCUACUUAUAGGGCCUGAAGCAAGACUGCUAAGCAAUUGGGUAGAUUGUGUCAGUUACCAUGAAAAUACAAACCUCUCCAUAGUUAAUCACAGAUUGUUCACAUGAAUGGAAUGGAUUGUCAUGCUUGAGGUAAAAUAAUUCUUUGAAUAGAUUAUUAAAUUAAUUAUCUAGAAUUGACUGCAUGUUUAUAAGUCAAAAUGGAUUUUUUUGUUCUUAUUUGGUACCAUUUUCCUCUCAAUAUUCAGAAAUACACAUUGUACAUUUUAUUAAUAGGAAUGGAAGCUUGCGCUUGAAGAUUUGAAGAGGGUGAAUGUGUAUAUUUUAUAAAUCCAAGUUGUAAAAUAUGUAAAGCUAUUGCUUUUUAAAUAGAAUAUAAAUGUUAAAGACAGAUAAAGCCUAUAUAUUAUAUAUUUUUAAAUACAUGUAUCAAACUUUUGUUAGUUGAAUAUAAAUUACAUUGUGUGCUUCAUGGAAUUCAGUAACUUUUAAUAAUAAAGCAGUUGUUAUUGUU